AUGAGUGACCUCACGGAAUUUCAAAAGCGAAGGCUUGAGAAUAUCAAGAGGAAUAAUGAGCUUCUUAAGAAAUUGAACCUUAGUGGUGCGGCGACACAAAUAAAAAGGGAAGCAGGUGUCAACGAAGAUGAUAAAGUUAGGAAAAAGAAAACACCUCGCAAAAGCAGUAACAAGAGGACAGCAUCUUCAAAACCAGUAAGACUUCCCACCAGACGUUCAAGUCGACUGAGAGGUGAAGCCGCUGAAGGAAAUGGUGUUCCUAACCUAAGUGAUACCGAAUUAAUGAAGAAGCAAUAUUCGCCGGACAAUGAAUUGUUGGAUGACAUUAAAGAAACCAAAAUAAUUGGAGAUGUCAAACUCAGCGACUUGAUAAAAUCUGAACAUGAAGAUGACUUAUUGAACAAGUUUAAGCUUUAUGCGGAUAAAAAAUUCUCGUCUGGGGAUUUCUUUCAGGAGAUUAGAAAGCACAAAGGUGAGGCAAAACCUGAAUUAGAACAACAACAGAAGGAAUUUGAUCUACAAAUGUAUGAGGUUUUUCAACCAAAUGAGAUUAAAAUCACGAAAGAUAGAAUUAGUGCAAUGUAUAUACAUCCAAUUGUGGAUAAAAAAUUAAUAAUUGGUGGUGACACAGGUGGUAAUUUAGGUUUUUGGAAUGUGAGAGACGAACCUCUUGCCGAAAAUGGUGCUGAUGAUCUGGUCGAACCGGAUAUCACCAGGGUGCAGCUAUUCAACAAGAAUGUCAGUACUAUUGAUUGUUUUCCUUCUGAUUCUUCUAAAAUUUUAACAUCUUCAUACGACGGCUUUGUCAGAUCAAUUGACCUUAAUAACCUGAAAAGUAGAGAACUACUGCAACUCAAAAAUGAAUACGAUGAAUCACUGGGGGUAAGUAAGUGUCAGUUUAGCCAUGAAGACACCAAUGUUUUGUUUUUGUCAACCUUAGAUGGCGAGUUUUCUACACUAGACCUUCGAGCAAAAUCUCCAGGAUGCAGUUUACGAAGAUUGUCUGAUAAAAAAAUCGGUUCAUUUUGCAUCAAUCCAAAUAGGCCCUUUGAAAUAGCAACAGGCUCGCUGGAUAGAACCCUUAGACUAUGGGAUGUCAGAAAAUUGGUUGAGAAACCAGAAUGGUCCCAAUACACAGACCUGCCCAGCUAUAAACUUGUCUCUACCUAUGACUCUCGUCUAAGUGUUUCUGCAGUUUCUUACUCACCUACAGACAACACCCUAGUAUGUAACGGAUACGAUGACACAAUAAGACUAUUUGAUGUCAAAAACGACCACAUGCCUGAGGUUUUAGAACCAAAUCUAACUUUGAAGCACAACUGUCAAAGUGGCCGAUGGACCAGUAUUUUGAAGUCUAUUUUCAAACCCAAUAAAAACGUUUUUGCCAUCGCAAACAUGAAAAGGGCUAUAGAUAUAUAUAAUAGCGAUGGUGAACAAUUGGCACACAUGCAAACGGCAACUGUGCCUGCAGUCCUAGCAUGGCAUCCAUUACAGAACUGGAUCGCUGGUGGGAAUUCUAGUGGUAAAGUAUUUCUGUUUACAGACGAAAAAGGCACGGAGUAUAGCUAA